GUUGAGUCACUUCACCUUAAAGAUAAGUGCGGCAUUCAACUAACACAAAGCACUCGUUCCUACACUCGUCAUCAUGUCCACACAACAACCUCUCCGCCUGGGAUGGAUAGGCCUAGGAUCAAUGGGUCUAGCCAUGGCGACUAACAUCCAGAAACAUCUUACACAAAACAAUCUACCACCACUCAAGUACUGGAAUCGUACUCUCUCACGAGGUGACAGCUUGAAAGACAUCGGAGGCACACCGUGUUCAGCAAUCACAGAUCUAGUUCAAAACUGCGAUGUAAUUUUCAUAUCCGUAAGCGAUGACACAGCCCUCGAAUCAAUCACAAAUACCAUCCUCUCCAGCGGCCCCCUAACCACCAAAACCAUAAUCGACACAACGACCGUCCACCCCACCACUACAUCAACCAUAACAGCCCAGUUCACACCCACGGGCGCAUCCUACAUCGCCGCCCCCGUCUUCGGCGCCACACCCCUCGCCCAAGCUGGGCGCCUCUUAAUCGCCAUCGCAGGCCCCCCAUCUGCCAUUGAGGCCAUCCUGACUUUCCUGGAAAACGUAAUCGCGCGUACGGUGAUUAGAGUAGGCGACAUACCUUCCCAAGCGCUUCUGCUGAAGACAACAAGCAACUUCAUAACCGCAGGCCUCAUGCUUCUCCUCAGCGAAGCCCACGUUCUAGCUUCUAAAACCGGGCUUCCCUCUUCCGUCCUCGAAUCGCUUAUUGAAGAAAACUUCGGUGCGUACGCACACGGCGUAUCAAAACGGUUGACGAGUGGGAGUUACUUUCCUGCCGAAGGGCAAGCCCCUUCUUCGGGGUUGGAGUUGGGUAUUAAGGAUGUGGGUCAUGGGGUCAGUCUUGCGAGGGAUAACGGGAUGAGGCUGGGGAUUGGAGAGAUGUAUCUGGGGGCUGCGGAGGAGGCGAGGGUUUAUGGCGUGGAGAGGAAGAGGAAGUGUGAUAGUAGUGCUGUUUUUGGGACUGUGAGGAGGAGAGCUGGGUUAAAUUUUGAGACGGAGGGGGUUGAGGAGAGGGAUGCGGAUGGAGAGGAGGCGAUGAAGUGAUGGGGUGUGGUGUGGGUAGCUGGUGAUACUAUGGACCGCGUCUUCGUGAGUAUGUGAUGAUGAAGUCUUGAGUGGAGGAUACGAUCAGUUGGUAUGGAACUUUCGAUAUGCGAUGCAGCGUCAGAAGGGUGGCAAGGCGUACGCAAGGUCGUCAUUGCAGAAGUAGAGGCAGAACG